CCUCUGAAGUUGGGCUUCGCCCAACUAGCAUUUACCCUGGUUUCCCCCUCAGCGUCGUCAUCCAUCGCGAGAAACCAUGGCGUCCUUGUGCCGCGCCGCCGCCGCCGCCGCCACCACCGUCGUGAGGUCUGCGGGGCUCCGGUCGAGAUCCCCGGCGGAGAGGCUGUUCCAGGCGGCGAGGUAUCCUCUCGCGGCACCGCACAUCCGCAGGCCCGUCGUGGCGGCGGCGCUGGCGAGCCUCGAGUCGCUCAUGCCGCUGCACAGCGCGGUGGCGGCCGCGCGGCUGCGGUCCUGCAUCGCCGCCGACUCGGCGUGCUGGAGCUGCCUCUCCCAAGACUUUGCUCUCCCACGGUAAUGAAGGCUGAAGAAGGUGACUAUUCCAAACAGCAUUGACGAGCUCUUAUCCAUCUACUAUCUUUUUGCUGUAACAAUGCUGGACCGAGUGAGAGUCCAUUACUGCAGUGAUAAUCAUAGUAAAUGUAUCUGGAAGUACUACAUUUGUUUCACUUGUUUCUGUAAUUGACGUGCUUUUGGUGGAUGCUCUCCUAUGCUUGGUUCUUGUCGAUUGAAAAUUUCUUGUGGUUGGUGCUUUCUUCAGUCUUUAAUAUAUGUUAGAUAGAUAAAGAAACUGUUGGGAACAUGUUCAUUGCCAUCAUUUUACCGAGCAAUCAAAUGAACUAUUAGAUGAAUAACAAUGAAUCCGAUUCUGACAAAAGGGAGCCCUGGAGUACUUGAAAUGGUUUAGACGCUACAUCUUAUAUGAGCUACUAACUCAUGUCACCUCCUUCUGAUGACGAUGAAAAUGGAAGGGUUCUUUGUAGGUACGGUUUCUUGGAAUAACCGCGAAGUAUGCUCUUGACCUGGGCGAGCUGGUCAGAAGAAAGCUUGCUGCAUGUGGGCGUGGCGAGAGCAUCCCUCGCCAUCCGAGCAACCGUCGGAUACCUCCGGCUGUUUUCCUUCCACCACUUGAGGACGUCAAAAUCUUCAGGGGCAAGAGGAUCUUGCAGAUAACGAUCGAGUUCCGUCUGGGUUCCUGGGUAACAGCUGUUAACCUGAGCAGCCAUGACAUCCUGUGAACGUCUGUGCUCGUUCCAGGCUUGCUGCCAUGGGUGAACGCUAGUAGUGGCCACCGUCGUCGCAUUGGCACCAUCUGAAUGAUCUGCAUCAGUGCUUGUGCCAUACUCUUUAAUGUAAUCUGCAUACAGCUUCUUGAUCUUAUUGGUCACCUCGGGUGAUGUAUUUUGCUGCUUCUGAACCAAGCGCUCUUUCGAAACUGAAUUCAAUGUACCUGAGUUUGUACGGGGGAACCAGUGCAAGUGGUACUGACCAGAUCAGGUACGAAUCUUGUAUAGCCUUGUCUAGAAUGUCACUUGCCUCUCUAAGAACAUCUUAUAUGAGCUACUGAAUCAUGUCACCUCCUUCUGAUGACGACGAAGAUGAAAAGGUUAUAUGUCUGUACGGUUUCUUGGAAUAACCACGAAGUAUGCUCCUGACCUGGGUGAGCUGGUCAGAAGAAAGCUUGCUGCAUGUGGGCAUGGCUAGAGCAUCCCUUGCCAUCUGAGCAACCAUCGGAUACCUUCCGCUGUUUUCCUUCCACCACUUGAGAAUGUCGAAAUCUUCAGGGGCAAGAGGAUCUUGAAGAUAACGAUCGAGUUCUGUCUGGGUUUCUGGGUAAUAACUGUUAACUUGAACAGCCAUGACAUGUUGUGAACGUCUUCGUUCGUUCCAUGCUUGCUCCAAUGGGUGAACGCUAGUGGUGGCCAGCGUCGCAUUGGCACCAUCCGAAUGAUCGGCAUCAGUGGUUGUACCAUACUGUUUAAUAUAAUCUGCGUACACCUUGUUGAUCUUAUUGUUCACCUCAGUGAUGUAUUUUGUUGCUUCUGAACCAAAUGCUCUUUCGAAGCUGAAUUCAAUGUACCUGAGUUUGUACCAA